CUCCCUCCUUCCCUCCCUCCCCACACACACACGUGACACGUUACUAUGUACGCUCUGCACAUGCUUAUGGCAGCGGUUGCGCUCGCCACGCUCGUCGCUGCGGCCUACUCGGAGACAGUCCACCGGUAUGAGCAGAACUGCGAGACCGGCGAGGUGACGCAGAUUCCGGUCUCGGCGGGCGACGAGCUUCCGCUGACCACCUUCUCGACGCUGCAUAUGGGCAAAAUCAAGCUUGUCCGCUCGCCGCGGCUCUUUGCCCGCAAGCGGGUGCUGCUCUUCUCGGUUGCCGCCGCCUACGAGCCCGGCGCAGACGUCCAGUUCAAGGACAUGGUCCGCCAGGUCUACCACAACUACGAUGAUCUCGGCCUCGACGCCAUCGUCAUGGUCAUGGCUUCGGAUCCGUUUGCCAACAACGCCUUUACCCGCCACCAUCACGAAGCCCCGCAUCCCGAGGUGUGGACCACCGUGUCCGACGCCAACGGCGUCUUUGCCCGCGGCGCUGGCCUCGUCUGCCCGCACUUCGAGGAGGGCGCCAAGUCUGGCCUUCAUCUCUUUGCCGCCGUCGUCAACAACAACGUCAUCGAGUGGAUCACCGUCGACCACGGCCACCAGCACGUCAACUCGCGCCCGGAGAUGGUGGUCGACUACCUGCGCUCCCACCCGCGUCCGGCUCUUUAGUAACACCCCAGGCGCCGCGAGA